CAUAGUGACUCAUGCAGGCGUGUUAAACAGAGCGCAGGGUCGCUUAGCUGGGAGACAUAAACAGGAAGCAGGAGCUACUUUCAUUUUCUUGUGGUGCUCUGACAGCACACUCCUGUGAAGAAGAGCAACUUUAUCUCAGAGCUCAUCAUGGAAACGGUAAAGCCCUUCUUUUCCGCUGCCACAAACAUCUACAAACUGGCUAAAAAGGUGAAGGCCAACAAAAAGCGCUGCCAGCGGAUUUCGGUCCGAGUCAAAGCCUUCGAGGAUGUGGUGAAGUCCAUCACAGAGUUCUCUCCACAGGUAGAGAAAGCCCUCGGGGAGCUGAUCCUAACUCUGGAUUCAGCACAGAAGCUAAUUGAAAAAUACACUGCAGCCAACUUGGUGGAGCGCAUCCUGAAAUCGAGCAGCCACGGAGACGAGUUUGAUACGGUGAGCGAGCGGCUCAACGAUGCCUACCAGGUCCUGUGUGUAGCUCUGCAAUCAGAGCAGAGGAAGAUGCUGUACGAGGUGUUUAAACAGAGAGAGAAAGAAGACGAAAUGGACGGGAAGGAGGACGACACGGAGAUGACCAAAUUGCUAAUGGACUACAUGAAAGAGCAGCAGGAGAAAACCAACACCAUACUGAGUCAGCUGGACAAAGUGGUGCAGAUGUUGAAUAAGCCCAGUUUCAGCAGCGUGGCUGUGCGACAGAUUAAACCAGAUGAACUGAAGUAUGAACAUCCCAAAAAGCCCUUCAAGACAACAGCGAGCUCCGAGCUCUACAAAGGAGAAUAUCAGGGAUUCCCAGUGGCCAUCAAGAGAUACAUCAACCCCAUGAACACCAGUGCACGAGACGUGAAGUCUAUUUUCAACAAGGAAGUCGACACCAUGAAGCAGUUUGAGUCACCCAACAUCCUGCGAAUGUUUGGAAUCUGCAUCCAGGAUGAGAACGGACCCCACCCUCAGUUCUUCAUCAUCAUGGAGUACUGUGAGAAAGGAAGUCUUCGCCAGGUUCUGGAUUCUGACUACACUCUGACCUGGAUCAGGAAAGCUCACAUGUGUUUGGAUGCAGCACGAGGACUCUAUCGACUGCACAACACAGAAGAAAAAUGGAAGGUUCACGGGUCCAUCAACAGCAGCAAGUUCCUGGUGACUAAAGACUACACCGUCAAGCUGGGAGGUUUCAGGCUGUCGAAAACAGAGACGUCUCUGAAAAGGCAGACGGAGGACAGAGCCAUGAGGUCGCUGUGCUACUACUGUCCUGAGAAGCUCCACAACGCCAGCUUCAGCUACUGCAAAGAGUGGGAGAUGUACAGUUUUGGAAUCAUCCUGUGGGAAAUUGUAACCUGUAAGAAUCCUUUUGAAGGUUUUUCAGAUGAAGAAAUUUAUCAGAAGGUGUGUAAAGAGAAGUAUCGAGAGCAGCUUCCUGAUGACUGUCCUGCAGAACUGGGACAGCUGAUCAACGAGUGCCGGGCCUACGACGGCUUCCAGAGGCCAUCAGCUGGAGUGCUGCUGGAUAAACUGCGCAGUGUGGUGACACAAAUGGAGGAACAACAAGACUGAUUAGAAUCAUCCUGAGAAGGAAACACAACUCGGAAUAAAACCCGAAGAUAACUGUCAUGAUCCGUGGGCGUUGACCCAGCGCGUUAAUAUUUUAGUUUUUUUUUCAUUAUUAUAUUUUCUACAUAUUCUGUUCUUUAUCCGGCGUGCCAACACUACAGAGGUGACAAAGAGGGCACUGCUGCGUCUACAUCACAUCUCCAGAUGCACCACAGCAGAAAAGUAGGCCCUUCAGAGGGUUGUCACAGCUGCCCAAGGAACAACAAAGGCAAAAAACAUGAUCAAGGACCCAGCUCACCCAGGCCCAUCCCUGUUUGAGCUUUUACUCUCUGGCAGGAGGUUCAGGGCUAUUAAAGCAGGGACAAAAAGAGUUGAUGAAGUUCCUUUUUUUAAAACUAAACAUGAAACCCAAAAGGGGCUUAAACAACUAAAAGAGAGCACAAAGGCCUGAAGACCCCCUGAUAACAAAAAACGUCUAUUCGGCUUUUUGUUUAAAAAAAUUAAAUGAUAUUAUGAAAUGUAAAAAGAACUGAAAAAAUGAAUGAAAUGUUUUCAAACUGAAAGGAAUAAUCCAAAAGGGGCUUAAACAACUAAAAGAGAGCACAGAGGCUUAAAAACAAAAAUCCGUCUACUUCGGUUCAAAAAAAAUUCAAACGUGCCUCAGGCAACGUUUCAACCUUAAAAGGUCUUCAUCAGGCCUGUGAGGCACGAAAUAAAAUAAAAUAAAAUAAAAGCGCUGUCAAAACAAUGGCUGGCUCCUGGAGAUGUGCACCGUUUGGCUGUCGAAAGCAAAAUAAGCUCUCUCUUAGUGAUGUGUCGUUCGAGAACGAAACGGCUCCUAGAUCCGGAUCUUUGAAGUGAACGAUGUGAGCCGUGGGUUUUUUCCCCCCCUUUCUCUCACCCUCUUAUUAGAAAGGUAUAGUAAUCAUCCACAACUAUUUUCAGUUGCGGAUGAUAAAGGAUUCAGAAAG